AUGGAUAACAACAAUAAAGAUAAUGAAUUCACCAAGGGAGUACGAUUUAAUACUUUAAAACAAGUAGGUAAAAAAGCAUUAGAAAAACUGAUUAAAAAUGCCUUGAAUAUUGAUAAAGUUAUACAAUGUUAUCCAAAGAUUGCCAGUACACAACAAGGAGUAUAUCAUUUAAAGGGUGCAAGUGCUCAAAUUAUCGAUUAUUGGUAUUCAAGUACUUUAUCUGAAUUAGAUUUAAUUUAUGGAGAAAAAGAAGUAGAGCAAAGAUUAGAUGAACUAGAUGAGAUUAUUCAAAUUGCUAAACAAAGAAAACAAUUGGAAAUAUCAAAUGAAGUUCAUAUAGAUAAAUUAGAUGCAAAUGAUAUUAUAAAUUGUAACAUUGUUACUGAAGCGAAGGAGAGUCUAGAUAAACUUAAUGCUAUUUAUGACCAGUUAGUUACAGAAAAUGGAGAACUUUUACAAAACCUUACGCUGUUAUGUAACGAAGCUAAUAAUAUCUAUAGGGAUAUUACCACCCUAAGUAAACCAUUAACUAAAGAAAGUGAAAUAAAUCGACAAGAAAUUCCUCAAGUUCGUGAAAUCAUUCAAAUAUUACAAGAAAGAGUCAACAGAGACAGUGUCAUCUCUUGA